AGUCACAUAUUUUAUCUAUUUUUCUUGGGGUGUUUUUUUUUCCCUCUCUCUCUCUCUCUCUUUUUGAGAAGAGGCUUGUUAGGAUUCCGAAAUGAGCGGCUGGGAUACCACGUUAAAAGAGCUUGAUUGAUCAGGUAGAAGAAAUGUAGUUGAACGGUGACGCUUCUGAGUUUUUGGGGGGGAAGAGAAGAAAUGGAUAUUUCUGUUCAACGCGAGAAAAUUUAAGGUGAACGAGGUUGGGGGAGGGGGUUUGAUUUUUUUUUUUUAAAAAAAAGAAGUGUCGAUCGCCAGACAAGGACUGGAGUGAAUGAAGAACGUGCCUUUUUGGAUAUUUCUGGGGGAAAUGCCUUUGGCGGAAAUUGAUUCGAAAUUGCAGAUGUGCAAUUUCGCUGAGCCGAGAGAAAAUCCUGGGAACUUAAAAAGAGGAUCGGGCAACGGGACCGGGGGGCAGUAACCUAUUACAAUAAUAAAUUGAACUCAAGAAAACAAACACCCAAUAAAUUAUGAAUGUUGAACAAGAUGACAUUGCAUCCACAGCAGAUGAUGAUAGGUCCAAAGUUUAACAGGGCCAUACUCGACCCCUUAUUUGUGCUGCUGUUGGCUCUACAACUUCUUGUGGUGGCCGGUUUGGUCAGAGCCCAGACGUGUCCUUCUGUGUGCUCCUGUAGUAACCAGUUCAGCAAAGUGAUCUGUACACGACGGAACUUGAGGGAAGUACCGGACAGCAUCUCUAUCAACACGCGCUACUUGAACUUGCAAGAGAACGGGAUCCAGGUCAUCAAAGCUGACAGCUUCAAGCACUUACGGCAUCUAGAGAUUCUACAGCUAAGUAAGAACCAUAUUCGACAGAUUGAAGUCGGGGCCUUCAAUGGUCUGACAAAUCUCAACACCCUGGAGCUGUUUGACAAUCGCCUUUCCACGAUCCCUAGUGGAGCAUUUGAGUACCUCUCCAAGCUGAAGGAACUGUGGUUGAGGAAUAAUCCAAUUGAAAGUAUACCAUCAUAUGCUUUCAAUCGAGUUCCUUCUCUUAGGAGAUUAGAUUUAGGUGAACUGAAGAGACUUGAAUAUAUCUCUGAUAGAGCCUUUGAAGGUCUGUCAAAUUUAAGAUAUUUGAACCUCGGUAUGUGUAAUCUUCGAGAAAUCCCAAACCUCACACCUCUGACAAAACUGGAGGAACUGGAACUAUCAGGGAAUCGGCUUUCACUAAUCCAACCAGGCUCUUUUCAGGGCUUGACUAACCUGCAAAAACUGUGGAUGAUGCAUGCUCAAAUCCAGGUGAUUGAGAGGAAUGCUAUCGAUGACCUUCAGUCACUAAUAGAGCUUAACUUGGCGCACAAUAACCUGACUUUGCUGCCUCAUGACCUCUUCACCCCCCUUCACCACCUUGAACGGGUCCACUUGCAUCACAACCCGUGGAACUGCAACUGUGACAUCUUGUGGCUGAGCUGGUGGCUGAAGGAGAUUGUGCCCUCCAAUACAACAUGUUGUGCUCGUUGUCAUGCACCCCCAAGUUUAAAAGGGAAUUAUAUUGGGGAACUGGACCAGAACAAAUUUAAUUGCUAUGCUCCAGUAAUUGUAGAGGCUCCUACAGAUCUCAAUCUGACUGAGGGAAUGGCUGCAGAAUUAAAAUGUCGAGCAUCAACCUCCAUGACCUCAGUGAGUUGGAUUACUCCAAAUGGCACAAUAAUGACUCAUGGAGCUUACAAAGUUCGGAUAUCUGUGCUUAAUGAUGGCACAUUAAAUUUUACAAAUGUGACUGCCCAGGACACGGGGUUGUAUACGUGUUUGGUGAGUAAUUCGGCAGGGAAUACAACAGCUUCAGCUACAUUAAAUGUGACUGCUACAGAAAACAGCACCUUCACUUAUUUCACGACUGUCACAGUGGAGACUAUGGAACCGUCUGUACAGGUACACACGACAGAUGACAGAUUUAGGCCCACACCUUUCAGUGACUGGGAUACCACAUUUGUGACGACCUCCUUGACUCCGCGGAGCACAAAGUCAACGGAGAAAACGAUCACUGUUGCUAUUACUGAUGCGGGAGGGAAUCUCAUGCCGGGCUUGGAUGAGGUGAUGAAAACCACAAAGAUCAUUAUUGGUUGUUUUGUAGCCAUCACACUGAUGGCUGCGGUGAUGUUGAUCAUUUUUUACAAAAUGCGCAAGCAGCACCACCACCAGAAUCAUCAUGCUCCCACCAGGACCAUCGAGAUCAUCAAUGUAGAUGAUGACAUCGCAGGAAGUGCUGCCGUGGAGAGUCACCUGAACGUGCCUGCAUUAGAGCAUGAGCAUAUGAACCACUAUAACUCUUAUAAAGCUCCGUUCAACCACACCACCACAGUAAACACAAUAAACUCACUACACAGCUCUGUGCAUGAACCAUUAUUGAUGCGAGUGAACUCUAAGGACAAUGUACAAGAGACACAAAUAUGAGUUGGGGGAGGGGGGGGGAAACACACAAAAUUUACAAAUGACAAACAGGACAAGGCUGAUUCUACUGUUUAAAAGAAGUGUCUUUAAAGAGGUUUAUUUAUUAAAAAAAUAAUUCUAUUGUGAUCUAAAAUAGAGACAAUUAUGUGUAUUCUAAACACUGAUUUGACAUACAAUGCUGCGCCCAUUAAUUUAAUCAUCACCAUGUUUUUCAUAGGGGAUUUUGAUUCUCUAAGGGACUAUUCAGAUAUUUUGUAAGAAUUAUGUUUCACAUGGGGUUUUUAAUGGUGAAUUCUAGUGGUGAGAUUCGG